AUGGAGAAUUUGCAAGAGGGUUUUCGAUUUAGUCCGACUGAUGCAGAAGCUGUUACUUUCUUGUUGAGAUUCAUUGCUGGAAAAUUGAUUAAUGAUUCUGGAUUCAUCACAACUCAUGUUGAUACUUACAGUAAACAAGAACCAUGGGAUAUUUACAGUCACGGAGUACCCUGCUGUAAUGACGAUGACGACAAUGACUGUAGUCAGUAUCGCUUCUUCAUCACAAAACUCAAGAAGAAAAGCAAGUCAAGAUAUAGUCGUGAUGUGGGAAACAAGGGAAAUUGGAAACAGCAAGACAAGAGCAAACCCGUUCGAAAGAAUGGUGGACCAGUGAUUGGAUACAAGAAGAGCAUGACUUAUAUGAAUAAAGGAAAUAACAAGAAAAUGGGUGAUUGGUUAAUGAAGGAAUACACCCUCUCUGAGUAUCUUCUUGAUAAAUUUGACAAGGAUUGCAGAGAUUAUGUUCUCUGUUCUGUUAAGAAGAGAACUCGCUCUAAAGGAAAAUUGAAGUUGGUGAAUAUUGUUCCCGAAGAGGAGUUGGAAGACCAAAGCUCGGCGGAAUCGACUAGUUUUACUGAGGGAUUACAAGGAGGGGGAGGGGAAUAUGUGCCACAAUUAGAGUUGCAGAAUGAUAUGCACGAGGGAUCGAGCAACUUCGUUGAGCCAUUAUCAGCUCCUUAUACUUUCGAACCCAUGUCCAUGCUAGAUUUUGAUUAUCAAUAUUUACCUGCUGACUAUGAUUGUCUAAGAAGCAUUACUGCUUAAUUCUUGAACAAGUUGUAUAAAUUAGAAUUCUUGCA